UGCCAUUAAGAUUAACCAAUUUUGAGUUUCUCAAGGGAUUGCCAUGUCCACUGACGACCCAAAAUCCUCAGGUGUAUCCACAGACGACCAGAAACCCAAUUCCCCCCAAGAUGAAACCUCCUCCAACAACCCCCCUGCAGCUCCCAAAGAUGCUGAACCCUCCAAGCAAAGUUCAGAUCCUGAUGUUACAGAAAUGCAGCCUGGCCAAACUGAAGGGAUGAAAUCCAGUUCCAGUACUGAUGCUGAUCCCCAAGGAGAACCAUCGACCCAACACACUGCUCCUGUGAGCCCUAUCAAAGCUGCCAUGGAUGAUUCAAUCCAUGCUGCACCAGAAACUGGUGAUACUGGACCUCAUAGAGAAAAUCCUACACCUGAUGUCCAUGCUCAUCCUGAACCUCUACAACACCCACCAUCCCCACCAGUCCUACCACCCUCACCACCCCUACCACCCCCACUAGUCCUACCACCCUCACAACCCCCACCACGCCCACUAGUCCUACCACCUCUACCACGCCCACCACCCCCACUAGUCCUACCACCAGCACCACGCCCACCACCCCCACUAGUCCUACCACCAGCACCAGCACCACGCCCACCACCCCCACUAGUCCUACCACCAGCACCAGCAACACCACCACCACCACGCCCACCACCCCCGCUAGUCCUACCACCAGCACCAGCACCAGCACCACGCCCACCAUCCCCACUAGUCCUACCACCAGCACCACGCCCACCAUCCCCACUAGUCCUACCACCAGCACCACGCCCACUACCCCCACUAGUCCUACCACCCUCACCACCCCUACCACCCCCACUAGUCCUACCACCCUCACCACCCCCACUAGUCCUACCACCAGCUGAAGAAUCAGCCUCGAAAGAUUCUGAUCGCCCAACUUAUGCAGCACCCUCUGAAAUUACGGCGCAUUCUGAACCAAGAAGAGAAGAAGAUGAUGAAAUCGCCAAAGAGCCUACUGGUGAUGCUCAUCCCUUUCCUCUUGCAGAUGAUGCAACCACUUCACGGAGACUACCACCGUCCCAAACUGACCCUGGGAUCAAAAGCCAUGAAAGAGAUGGGAAAACUCCAAAACGAUCACAUUUUUGGAAGUAUGUCAAAAAAUUCUUUCCACGUGACAAUGAAAGAUCUUCGUCCAGAAUAUCUGAUGACACUCCAGAUAGAAGAUCGCCGCCCAAAAGAUCUGAUGACACUCCAGCUCAAGAAGGUCCAACCACUACCUCAAAUCCAGACGACAAGAAGACACAGGUUUCUGAGGAGUCGAAAAAAGCAGACCUUGGUUACAUUAAGAAGUCGAUAAGCGCAGACAUUGAUUACAUUAUGAAGGCGGCAGAAAAUCUUGGACGGGAUCAUGAACAACUGAAAAAAGCACACAAGGAUGCUCAAACUAAUUGGAACACCUUGAGGGAAUCAGAUAUGUUGGAUGUUCUUGAGGAGUUAAAAAAUGCUAUCAUCAAACUGAAGCUUCAGAUUCCUCAAAGGUACAAAGUCGAUUCAGAUGAAACAGACCGUCAUAAGACAUUGCAGUUAGCUUUCAAGGCCAAGAAAGAGAUUCCGCCGGAAGAGCUUAAGUUAAUGCCUCGACUGCACAAUGAUACUGUUUUCGAAAACAGUGUGGAGUUCAAAGAUUUUGAGGCUCGUUACAACUAUCUCCCUAAUAAAAUGAAGCUGUGCUUGCUGUGUUUCUCUAUUUUCCCUAAAGAUGCUAUCAUCAAGAAGAGGCUAAUGGUGCAAUGGUGGGCUUGUGAAAGAUUUGCCAACAAGAAACAUGGUGACGAUUACUUCAACAAGUUCAUGGAGAUGGGGUUCAUUGAGCCUGUGAAUAAAAACAAAAGCAGCUCUGUCAAGGAGUGUCAAAUGCAUCCAUUUCAUCGAUCUGCAUUGGCUAUCCUGGCAGAGAGGGCUAAGUUUUUUAAUUUUGAUACCAAUGGAGAGCCCACACAAAACUUCCAAGAGGUUUUCCAGGCAUGCUUGGUUGGAGAUGGAAUAAUUUCCUAUGAUGAUUUAGAGACUGUGUAUAAUAGUAAAAUCAAACAACCGAAGAAUGAUGAUUUGGAUAAGGUUUUGAAGAGAAUUCUUGAGAAGGUUCAUCUAGUUUUCAAUGUGAGGGAAGCCAAGCUUGAAAUCAAAGGUGAUUGGUUUUCCAUGAUGAAAAAUGUGAAUUUCAUACAUUUGGGGAAUUGGAGAGCUACGGAUCAUGUCGAAGUUGAAAGUACGGAGUUUUUGGAGAAAGUUGGGAACAUGGAUUAUCUGAAAUUUCUCAGCCUUCAAGGGGUUGCAAAUGUCAUCUUCCUUCCUGCCUCCAUCUCAAAGUUUGCAAGUCUCGAGUUCUUGGACCUUCGAGGUUGCCAUAAUCUUGAGAGCAUACCAGACGAAAUAGGUUCUCUCAAGAGUUUAACACACUUGGAUAUGUUAGGUUGUGCUCUGAUUGAUCACAUGCCCAAGAGCCUGAGUCACCUGGAGAAUCUUGAAGUGCUUAAGGGGUUCGUGCUUAGCAAUGGAAGGAGCAACAGUAACUCAUGCACACUCGAUGAUUUGAGGAGAUUGAAGAAGUUGGAAAAAUUGUGUAUUUAUGCAGGCUUACCUCUGUCUGAUGAGCAUGUUAAAUAUUUGGGAAAUUUGAAAAGCCUUCUCAAGUUGACGAUUACUUGGGGAGCAACCGACGCAGAGAUUUCUGAAACCUCUACACAUAUCUCCUCCACACUCCCUUCCACAUUGAAGAAGCUGAUUACAUGUGGAGCAACCGAUGCAGAGAUUUCUGAAACUUCUACAGAUACCUUCCCCACACUCCCGACCACAUUGAAGAAGCUGGAUCUCAAAUGCUUUCCCAAGUCCACCACUCCUAAGUGGCUCUUGUGUAGUAAUUUGUCCAGCUUGGAGAAGCUCUACAUCAGAGGUGGGCUGUUUUCUGAUUUGGGUCAAUACCAGGAUGUUGAUGAAUGGUAUCCUUCUGCCUGGCCAGACAAGAAGAUCGACACAUGGAAUGUUACUCACUUACGGCUCAAAUUCUUGUCCAAACUAGAGCUGGAUUGGACGCAGCUUCACGAAUUAUUUCCUCAUUUACAAUACUUGGAGCAAGUUGAUUGUCCUAAACUUACUUUCUCCCGGUGUGAUGCUAAUGGGGUAUGGAAGAAGUAGUAGAAAUGAAUCGUGGCUCACAUUUCUCCCCAGAGAUCGUAUGCCAGUCAUCUGUAUGUUUCCCUAAUUGUUUUGUUUAUGCCACAAUUUUAUUUUCUUAUGCAUUGGUUUGUUCCAUUUGAGUUUGUGUUUGUUGCCUGCUUAUGAUCGCCGUGAAUCAUGCUGCUAGCGAUGCUGUCGUGUUAGGUGGCAUGGGGAAGUAGUUUGUCACAUGCAGACAUGUAUCUUUUGUGUGUUGUAUUCCUUUCAGUUUUGGAGAAUGAUCAUCUAUCCAUUUGUUGGUUUGCU